ACCGCAACCAUCAACGCCAGUUUGUCUCAAAUCGUUGCCGUGUUUGGAUCGCCCUUGGCUCCUGGCCAAACAACAACCAACAAAGAAAAAGAACUCACACAAACAAAGAUUGAACACACACACGCACGCGGAAGGAUAUUGGUUGUGUUGUGUCGAUUGUGAUUGUGUUGUUGUUGUUAUUGUUGUUGGUUGUCGGUGUGUGACGUUUGUUUUUGGGGGGGCCCGAAGAGCAUCAAAUUCACGGAAACGGAAAUCAAAAAGGGAGAGAGAGUAAUGCGGAAGUGAAAUAAGAGAAGAAAAAGGAAGUGCAUCUGUCAGUUUCUAUUGUUCUCGUACGGAUGUUGCAAAGCUAAGCAGAUUUUCGCGUUCACACAUGUACGCAAAGAUUGCAUCGCUGCUCCAGAGAAAGAGAGCGCCGAUAGAAAGGAAAGCCAAAAAUAGCACACAAACCAGUUUCUUGUUGUUGUUGUUGUUUUUGUUGUAGUUGCAGCGCGCAAAUCAGCUGCUGGUGCAGGCCGCAGAGUGCAACAAACAAAACAAGAAGGAGAAGGAAAAGAUAAGAGGAAGAAAAACGCGGCGUCGUCGUCGACGUCGUUGCGAACCAGUUUGGUCGCCUUGGUAAUGUGUUUUGAGUUUUGCUUCUGAUAAAAGAAGCACGGUGCAUGUGAGGGUGAGUGUGAAUUUGUGUGUGUGUGGUGCGUGAUAACAGCAUCCUCCCUCAGCUGCAACUGCAGCAUCAGUGCAAGUGCUUUGACCGAGAUAUCUGUUUGAAAAGGAGAAAGAGAAGCAAACUCGCGAAGAAGAAAAGUGGAGCAAAGUUUUUGAUGUUUUGUUUUGGGCUAGAAAAGGAGGAAAAAUUUGGCGCUGAAAGUUAGAGUGAAAUAAAAGGAAAACAAAAACACAUCAGCUGGAAGGGGAGGAACGAGAAAUAUAAUUGCAUCUGCCGACAGUGUGCGUGUGUUCCACGUGUGCUGCUGAUUGGACGCAAUCUCUGCGUCAAUUUGUUUCCCAAAUAAUUGGAUCCAACCGAAUGGUGAACUCUUCCAAGCAGCGAAGAUCAAUCUACCUGACAACCUUAUCAGCUCAUUUUUGGAAGCUCGUGGAAAUCUUGGAACUCUCAAGUUUUCAUCCAAGUCUGCUGCCGGGGGACGACAAAAUCAAAUAAAACCAACCCAAGGAGGAAGGAAAACUUUUCACUGCUGGUCGGUUGAUCGGGAGAAAGUUUCCCCUUGAAGGUGGAGUAGGAUUCAUCGUGACAAAAGUUUUCUUCGCCAGAGUUGUGUCGGCCCACGUGACAACUGAUCCCAAAUCGGUGCCAGCGAGGGUGGUUCUGGAAGGAAAAAGUUUUCGUCCUAUUUUUUGUUGAGGAAACUUCCUGAAAGAGACAACUAGGCCCGAAUGGAUCUGGGGAUAAUCUAGUUCUUUUUUGGAGUGAAUUGAUUCGUCCUUCGUCAAGUCCAUUAAAUUGAGAACAUUCGCCCACUUGAACACGUGCAAAAACAUCCCACAGCAUGCCCAAAAGGGUCCAAAACGAGCCAACAAACCAAUAAACACCGUAGUCAACGUGGGUUCGGAAAUCUGGUGGUGACCACCUGGCACUGGCAGCGACCUUCAUCCCCCGGGGCAGAUGGUGUUCGCCACAGAACCGCCAAGAACCGAUAAAAACAGAAGGAAAAACGUUGGCCGACGGAAACGAACCCGGAAAAGCAGAUUUUGAGAGGCAAAACAAAAAAAGAAGAAGGUCGUCAAAAUCAACCAAGUGUGCAUCCUUAACCGUAACCUAAAAAAAAACGAAAAUGUCCUCCCGGUCGAAGGACAAGAUGGCCGCGGCCAUCCGGAAGUUCUUCAAGAGUCCGGACAAGAAGGAAAAGGCGGCCCAGAAAGACAAAGGUGGUGAUGGGGCAGCGAGUGGACCGGCGGGGGAUCCGAUGGUGCUGGCGGUGGCCGGAGCCAUUGUCCCCAGUGGGAGUGGGGUGGGGAGUGCUGCUGGAGGAGGGGGAGGAGUAGGAGGAAGCGGCAGUAGUAGUAAUCACCAUUCACAUCAUCAUUACGGAGGAGGAGGUGGAGCGGGGAGUGGGAGUGGGAACGCGAGCAGUAAAACGAACGGAACCGAUAGUCCGAUGCGGAGGUUGCGAUGUUCCGUCGCGCCCAGCACCACCAGCUUAGUUCCUAUGACGAAGCCACUGGACACGACGAUCCGGUCCAGACGACUAAUGAAAGAACUCAAGGAAAUCGAGCGGUUGCAGCACUCCCGAGCAGAACCUUACUUCACAGUCGAACUCGUCAACGACAACCUGUACGAGUGGCACGCGCGCCUUUACCGGCUCGAUCCGGACUCGCCGCUGGCGGAAGAUCUGGUCGAGCUGGGCAUCCCGUUUAUCCUGCUGCACCUGGUGUUUCCGGACAACUUUCCCUUCGCGCCACCCUUUAUGCGUGUCGUCGAACCGCGAAUUGAGAAGGGCUUCGUGAUGGAGGGCGGGGCCAUCUGUAUGGAGUUGUUGACGCCCCGGGGCUGGGCCAGUGCGUACACCGUCGAAGCCGUCCUGAUGCAGUUCGCGGCCAGCCUCGUCAAGGGGCAGGGGCGCGUCUCGCGGAAACCCAAGGCCACCAAGGAGUUUAGCAGGCGAACAGCGGAGGAAGCCUUCCGGUCACUAGUCAAAACGCACGAAAAGUACGGCUGGGUGACGCCCGCGAUGAACGAUGGUUAGACAGGCUUAACAGAUUUGUGGGUGGUGCUCAAUAGCUCAAUUUGUACUCAAUUUAAACAGCAGGAACAACACUCCUAAAUUAGCGUUAGAUGAGAGGAGAAAUGCGCGCACGCGAGAGAUCGUUACGGAAUUUAUAUUAGUCUUUUAAGUGUUCACAACUACACCGGCACACACACACAGACACAUUCACUAAGAACUCGCCAUUUUAAAAGCCGAUUUACGAUUGCUGUUCAACCGAAACAAAUGAAUUUAUAUUUUACUUUUUUGUGAUAAAAUGAAACGUUUAGAUUUUAAAGUGAACAACAGAUAAAACAGUGCUCAGCCAAAAUAAUGAUCUCGUUCAAAAAUUCCGACCUAUAUUGAAAGUUUAUGAAAUUUUAGAAUUUUUCAGGAAAUCAAAGUUUCCCUUCAUCGGGAACAAAAUGAUUUAAUGAAAAAAUGCUAUAAUUUUUGAACAUUGAGUCAACAGAUUUAUAGAUAAAAUUGUGAUUACAAACUGUUACACGAUUAGGAAAUCACAGUUUAAAAAAAAACUUAAAUCUAGUUUCUCAUCGGCGCUUUAUCAAAUCACUCACAUUUAGAUUCGUUUAGAACGCAAAAAAAAAUCUAGACCACAUCUCUUGCAUACACCUGAGUGUGUAGAAUACGUGCUUAUAGCUAUUUACCAAUUGAUAAACUGUGUACUACUACUACCUUACUAGUGUAAAUUCGUCAAAACUCAGUGUAGAGCAUUAUCGGACAGAAAAAAAAAUUGUCCCCCCAUUUUAGCCCUACUCGUCAUCUCGUUGCCUCCCUUAGUUUAAGCGGUAAUUGUAACAAACCACAUAAUCGGAUUAAAGUUAGCCGCCAAAAUUUCAGAAAAAAAUACCUUGUUUUACGGAAGAGAUUUUCAAAUCUCACCGUCGACGCAUUUUAUUUCUCAAAUGUAUUAUAAAAACUAGAAAGAAAUGGUAUAACAUAAGGAUUAUUAUUUUCAAAUUUGUUUAAGGGUAACAUCAAAAAAACAAAAGAUGCAUUCAGAAUAGCCUGGUUCGGCGCCAUAGCUUAAUGUCUACCCAAGGCGAAAAGUGAAUCAACGUGUACUUGCUAGUAGUGUAGAAUAAAACAAAUAUUAUGGAAGGAAGAUAUAAAAA